AUGCUUCCCGCUAAUUACGAUUCGUUACAGAUACCGGGCGAAGUUGUACAGGCAAUUAGAUGUGUAUUAGUCGUUUCUGCAAGUAAUGCAGAUCCAGAACGUAGCUUUUCGGCUGCGAACAGACUCACAAAAGAUGAAGGAAGCAAUUUGGCAACAAGCACCCUCGAUUCGUUGAUGACAAUACAAAGGGAUGGUCCCAGCAUUUUGACUGUCAAAGUUCAACAGCUAGCCGCGCAAUGGCUGUAUCCUCGUCCAGGCCUAAAUCUACAUCCAGGACAGCCUUCUACGUUUGGAAGAAAAGGCAGUCUUAUGAAAGAGAUAAAAACAGCUCUUGCAAGUGGGGAUGUCAACCGUUUGAUUGCUAAACAUACUGCUCGCCAAGACGUCAAGGAAAUCAGCACCCGACUUCAGAACGAAGAGGAGGCCAAACUAGCAAUUUUUUCUAUCGGCUCAGUUGCCGAAACAAGUCCAUCGCAAUAA